AUGACAGACGAUGGUACCAACAGAUGUGUCCCAAUACCUGGCAAUGGUGGUGAUUGUUCACUGACCAAUAUCUGUUUGGAUAUGUACACUUGUGAGGAGAAAACAAAGAGAUGUGUCUCCCAACACUACCGUGGAUUUGGAGAACCAUGUUCCAACCAAACACAAUGUACUAGUAGUUUGUCAUGUUAUGGCACUUGUUCAAACUCAAACUAUCCCAAAUGCUUUGAUGACGCACAAUGCAAGUACAAUGAACACUGCAUCAACUCAACAUGUGCAGUCCCCUUUCCCGAUGGUGCCGCAUGCAAGAGUUAUGCAGAAUGCAGCUCCCGAAGCAGCUGUUUGAAUAAUGUCUGUGUUCCAUUCUUCUCUGGAGUCUCCGGUGAUAAGUGUGGUCAGAAUGAAGAUUGUGACAUAUUCCAGGACCUCCUGUGUAUCAAAUGGACCUGCCAGAACAAGAACAUACUCACCAACACCAAGUGCAACAGUUCCGAUACCUGUCCAAUGUUCCUCUCUGCAUGCAUGUGUGAUGGCAGCCCCGGACCAUUUAUUGGAAGAUGUUCCCAAUUGACUGACCCAACCGCCGUGUCCAUUAAAACCCGCAAUGACUAUUACCAGUGUCUGGAGGACCACAAAUGUCCAGAAGUUACUGCCCAAAUCCCAGGUAGUUGCGCUUUUGCCAACUGUGGUAACCCUUUAGCCAAGGUCUACCAGAGCCCAUGUAACUCUGGUUCAGCACUAUUUAAUAAUGUGUACUUCAUUAUUGUUAUCACACUGCUUACUGCGUCUGCCAUGUUCAUUCUCUAA